GCGACUGCGUGCAGUUGUAGCGGACCAGUCACAGACGGACAGACAGACAAACAGACAGACUCCCCGCAGGGAUCCCCACGGUCUCACACGCACACGCUUACACACGACUGUGAACUGUUCCGAUGGCUUCCAGAGAGGACUAACUUGGUGAAGGCUGCCGCAACCAUUUAGUCAUCCAGAAAGUCUCCGGGGCGCUCUCCACAUUACAAUGGAGCAAGAAUUUGAAGACAUUAAUUUUUCCGGGGGAUGGCAAAACAUUUACAACGAAAUCCGUAACCAAGCCAGCGAAUAUCCCUACAAUGUGGCAAAACUUCCUCUGAAUCGCAAUUUGAAUCGCUACAGGGAUGUUAGUCCAUACGAUCACAGCCGGGUAAAACUUGCAAGCUCUGAAAAUGACUACAUCAAUGCAAGUUUAGUCGCCGUGGACGAAGCCCGUCGAGCUUAUAUUCUUUCUCAGGGGCCUUUAAGAAACACUUGUGGUCACUUCUGGCUGAUGAUUUGGGAGCAGUGUUCCAAAGCUGUUAUCAUGCUGAACAGAAUCAUCGAAAAGGGAUCUGAAAAGUGUGCACAAUACUGGCCGACUACAGAGGAACUCCAAAUGUCUUUCACUGACACGGGUUUUGUUGUCAGGCUGAUUUCAGAGGAGGACCAUUCCUAUUUCACAAUCCGAGUGCUAAAAUUACAAAACACAAAGACAGAGGAGUGGAGAUCCAUUUAUCACUUUCACUACACCGCAUGGCCGGAUUUUGGUGUUCCAGAAUCGCCUGCCUCCUUCCUCAACUUCCUUUUCAAAGUUCGGGAGUCUGGUUCACUGGGAACGGAGCACGGGCCCUCAGUUGUGCACUGCAGUGCUGGGAUUGGGCGAUCCGGGACCUUUGCCUUGGUGGACACCUGCCUGGUCUUGAUGGAUCGGAGGAAUAAUCCGUCCUCUGUGGACAUACAGAAGGUCCUUCUGGACAUGAGGGAAUACCGCAUGGGCCUGAUCCAGACUGCUGACCAACUGCGCUUUUCCUACAUGGCCGUCAUCGAGGGAGCCAAACUCCUUGGGACCAACGGUUCAGCACAGGUCCAAUCGGAACUGAUUUCCAGAGGUGACCUGGAGACAGACAUGGCUCCACCUAACCCUCCACCUCGACCUCACUUAAACAACAGCAGACCUUGUCUGGAGUCCCAGCUCCCCUCAAAAGACAGCAUGCCCCUGCUUGUGGAGAAGCCUCAGUACCAAGGCGACGGCGAGGCAGACAUCGCUGGACUUGUGAAGAGGCGACACCGUGAAGAGAGGAUUGCCAGCACCACACAGAAGGUCCAGCAAAUGAAACAGAGACUGAGCGACUCGGAGAGAAAAAAAGAAAAGUGGCAGUAUUGGAGACCCAUUCUGCUUAAUGUCGGCGCUGGUGCCGCGUUGGCUUUUGGUCUGCUGGUGUGCUGGAUGUACUCCCAGUGAGCAUCUCACAGUCACUUUGAACUGACUCUUAUUUUGCACCAGUACCUGAGAUUAGGUACUUCUCAAAGUAGAUUUAGAGGGUAUUUAUUUCUUAAGGUCACAAUGCAGGAGCGCCAGAUCAAAUGACUGUGUAUAUUUUUAAUAGAUCUGAACAAAAUUAGUUACAUCUCAGGAUCUUGGUGCCAGCAUGACGAUUUCCUUUUCUUAUUGUCUCUGAAUGUACUGUAUCAUUUCAUGGAAAAUUUAGAUGAAAGGUGCAGUGCAAAAGAUUUUUUUUUUUAUUUACAAUGGUCAUGUUUGUAAUCCAUACUCGUUCACAUCUUUACAUUUAGAAAUUCAUACUUUUCAGGAAUUUGAUACGCGAGUGUUGGAGUUUCUUCUCACUCCACCAUCACGCGUUGAGUUUCAUUCAUGCAUUUAAUAUGUCUGAAAUGCAGCACUUGUUCUUCCAUUCACAUUCAGCAGGGCAUCCCAAAAUAGAUUAACUAUAUAUUUUUAGACUGGACACUUAGAAAGAGCUGCCUUGCUUUUGUUUCACCUCGGAAAAAAAAAAGUUAUUUUCUUUCAUUUUAUGGGUGAAUGUUUAGCUUUCAUGUCGUUUGUUUGGAACCGACAUAUGGUUGGGGUCCUUCACCUCAUGGUGCACCUAUUGACCCACUGGAUGGGCUCGUUUUUGUGUCAUUACAGGUUAUCCCGCUGUUGCUCUUCAAAGAAACCAAAGCAAACUUGGUCAUUUUCUCCAUCUUUUUUUUUGUACCCCUGUUAGGUAGAAUGUAUAUUCUGUUGGAUCUGUGACACAACUGACUCUGAUUACUUGUUGCACCUUGGUGUUGCAUGUAACUAACCGUACUGGUUUGCAAUUAACUGGGACCAAGCUUAUAUUAGGUGGAAGUGCACAGCGGAUUCAUUUUCCUCUGUGAGCAAAUGUAAAUGUCUGUGUUUGCUGUUUGAGGAUGUGCCUUUGUGUGAUUUUAAAUGGAACAAAUGUGUGCUACCAGGUUUCCUGUAAUCUCAAGAUUUGAAUUUGUGUGAGCUUUUAUUUCCCUGGACAAAAAAAACAAAAAAAAAA